GCGGUUUAGUUGAAGCAAAGCGAUCCAGCGGUAAACAUGUCCAUUUCGAAUCGAUUCUUGAGCGGUAGCACAGCGGUGCUGAUGAUCUGCUUGGCCCUCGCCAGGUUUAGUGCGGUCUCUGGUCAAGCUGGAACGGUGCACUGGAACAAUGGCAACACGGCCGGUGUGGGCGCCUGGUCCAAUGCCCAGUCGGGCGGCAUGCACCCGCCAGGCACCUUGGGCUCCCAGGAUCCCCAGUACAGUUAUGGCUAUGCCGGCAUUGAUUCUCGUGGAACCUAUGGCGGUGCCGGUGGCAAUGGUGCCUACUAUGUAGGCGGCACGGAUGAGCAUGGCCGACCGUUUUCAUAUGGCAACCAGGCUGGUGGCCAGCCGGGUUACAUGGGCGGCAUCCGGCCGGAGUCCAAUUAUUAUGGUUACCGUAAUGCGGCGGCAACCAUGACGAGGGGUGUGGUCAUGACCCUGGCCCUGGCCCUUGGUCUCACCUUGGUGGCCAGGAGACUUUGAUGCGGUUGCAACGCUAGAAGAUUGUUUUUUUUUUUACCUAGUUUCUAAGCUUAAUUUAUGUAAAUUGUCGAAACGUGUGAAUUGUUCAUUAAAAGAGAAAACUAAGAUCAAAA